GACGGUCCGUGUAAACAAACUGUCUGGCGCCUGCCAGCGGAUUAUCCUAAGGGGCUGCCUGUUGCCCACCACUGCUUUACGGCGGGGGGCGGCGCCGCCAUGCCCAGUGGGACCCCUGGGCACACCGCAGGCCUGUACAGGAUAGAGAUGGCAGAGGAGGCUGGGGAUGAGAAGAAGCAGGUGGCAAAGUUUGAGCUGGAGCGGGAGACGGAGCUUCGCUUUGAGGUGGAGGCCUCGCAGACUGUCCAGCUGGAGCUGCUGGCAGGCAUGGCGGAAAUCUUCGGCACUGAGCUGACCCGUAACAAGAAGUUCACUUUUGAUGCUGGUGCCAAGGUGGCCGUGUUUACGUGGCAUGGCUGCACAGUGCAGCUGAGCGGCCGCACUGAAGUGGCUUACAUAUCGAAGGACACGCCCAUGCUGCUCUAUCUCAACACCCACACAGCCCUGGAGCAGAUGCGGCGGCAGGCAGAGCGCGAGGAUGAGCGGGGGCCCCGAGUCAUGGUGGUGGGACCUACGGAUGUGGGUAAGUCGACAGUGUGCCGGCUGCUGCUGAACUACGCUGUGCGGCUGGGGCGCCGACCCACCUUCGUGGAGCUGGACGUGGGCCAGGGCUCGGUCUCCAUUCCUGGCACCAUGGGGGCACUGUACAUCGAGCGGCCUGCUGACGUAGAGGAGGGCUUCUCUGUCCAGGCCCCCCUGGUCUAUCACUUUGGCUCCACCACUCCUGGCACCAACAUCAAACUCUAUAAUAAGAUCACAUCUCGCUUGGCUGACGUCUUUAACCAGCGCUGCGAAGUGAACCGCCGGGCUUCAGUCAGUGGCUGCGUCAUCAACACUUGCGGCUGGGUGAAGGGCUCGGGGUACCACGCCCUGGUGCAUGCUGCCUCAGCCUUUGAGGUGGAUGUGGUGGUAGUGCUGGACCAGGAGCGCCUCUACAAUGAGCUGAAGCGGGACCUCCCCCAUUUUGUGCGCACAGUGCUGCUCCCCAAGUCGGGUGGGGUGGUGGAGCGCUCCAAGGACUUCCGGCGGGAGUGCCGGGAUGACCGCAUCCGUGAGUACUUCUACGGCUUCCGGGGCUGCUUCUACCCCCACGCCUUCGACGUCAAAUUCUGUGAUGUCAAGAUCUACAAGGUGGGGGCUCCCACCAUCCCUGACUCAUGUCUGCCCCUGGGCAUGUCGCAGGAGGACAACCAGCUCAAGCUUGUGCCAGUGACGCCGGGCCGUGACAUGGUGCACCACCUGCUGAGCGUCAGCACUGCUGAUGGCAGUGAGGAGAACAUCUCCGAGACCGCGUGGGCUGGCUUCAUCGUCGUCACUGGGGUGGAUGUAGAUCGCCAGGUCUUCACAGUGCUGUCACCGGCACCUCGCCCACUGCCCAAGAACUUCCUGCUGAUCAUGGACAUCCGCUUCAUGGACCUUAAGUAGGCGCUGCACCGGAGCAGAAGAGGUGGAGUCAACCAGGCCUAUAGUGUCUCCUUUGUGGACAGAACUUUUACCAAUUGAAGGGGGUGGAGACUGCCACACAGACUGAAUCAUUUGAAACCAGUGUGGGAAGGGGUAGAGGCUGCUGUCCAGAUCAAACCGUUGGGAGAAACCAAAGUGGGUCAGGUGAGGUUUGCGGAUUAAUUUGUAGACAGAAGCAGGGAGGGAAUGUGGGAUUAAAUGUAACUGUAGAUGGUUCACUGCCUACAUCCUUCUCUAGGUUCUCUUCUCCUCCUUAGAUUUCAGUCCCUGAAAUCUGGACCCAUUGUCCCUUUUACACAGCCAGUGCUUCAUGGGCCUCUUCUUGUAGGAGAGGAUCAAUAUUGUUUUAUAUUUUUGUAAUUUUAAUAAAUUUCCUGGUAUUUUGCUGGUC